AUGCUUCACCUGAGGGUUCACCUGAACCGCAUAAACAUUCAACGAACAUUGGACUUCUCCAUACGUCGCGUUUCGACGCUGUCAGCUCGACUCAUGUUUCACCGACAGCUCAACUUAGUGUUGGACUUUGACGGAACCAUCACUACCAAGGACACGAUCGGGACCAUCGCUGAAGUGGGUCUUCACUUCCAGCGACAGCGCGGCUUGGACCUGUCGGCAGCAUGGCGGCAGAUUCUUGAGGACUACAACCGAGAUCACAUCGACCAUGUUUCGGCCUAUAAACCUGCGGCAGACGGUCGGCUUACCCUCUCGGAAGAGCUCAGCUACUUACGUGGUCUCAGGGAAGUCGAGCUACGCUCAGUGCGCCGCGUUGAACGGUCCGGCAUUUUCAAGGACAUCAGCAGGGGGGAACUCGUGAAAGCCGGAGAUGCUGCUCGUCAGGAAGGGCGGGUGAAGCUUCGGGACGGUUUCGCGAAGCUAAUGGACACUGCCAAGCAGAAUAAUUGGCCUGUCUCGGUGGUCUCGAUCAACUGGUCGAGAUCCUUCAUCCAAGGCGUGCUGUCUGCGUAUGAAUUUGACGUGGUCGCCAACGAGAUUGAAAUAGACGGUUCAAUCUCCGGGCCGGAAGUCCUUGGUCCAUUGGGGCGGGAAACUAUCUUGACGACCUGUGAAGACAAGCUGCGGGCUUUGCGGGCGCUGGCAGCUCGCCAGGGAGUUGACAAUGCCAAGGAGCUCGUUUAUUUUGGCGACUCGACGUCUGAUCUGGAAUGCCUGUUGGAGACACGCGGGGUUGUGGUGACUUCGACGCCAGAGUCUACAUUGAUGACGACUCUAACGAGGCUGGGAUACGACGUUCCCCGGGUUCAGGAUUGUCGUGAGGUGGACAAGAUCCAUAUCGUCCAGUUCCGAGGACUGAGGGAAACAGCCAUCAUGUGCUACUAUCGACUGGCUAUAUACGAAUACUUCUUGUAUGGCAAGCGUGCUCUAGAGUGCACUACAAAGAAGGCCCAUUCACUUCAGACUCUGCGGUUGGACUCCGACUGCGAAAAAUGUCGCAAGCUGGAUGAACUUCAAUUGCGUACAAAACAGGCUCUCAAGGAGCUUCGGGAGGGGCGUGAGGGCCCCCGAGACACAACUGGUUCUUCGAUGCAAGACUCCUUGGUCGAAUCUUCAGAUGAUGUUACUUCCGACCUUGGUUCUUCAGGAGCCCCUACUUCUGAUGAUACGGCCGAUAUUUCACAUGAUGUCUAA